AUGGCAUCCGUCGAAGUCCCUUACUCGGGGACGCCACCAAUAUCUCGGGACAAGCCCAAAUUGAAAGGGCGUGUUCCGCCCUCGCUGCAGUCUGUGCGAUCCCUCCCUGGCGAGUUCAGGUUCCAAUCCGGCUCCUCUCACAAGGAAGAGGACUCCAUGAAUGCUGCUCAUGCAAAGCUUGCUUCUUUUGCUGAGGACGAUAUUGGGGAACAGGAGGAGAACGUGGAGUCACCUUAUAGUGCGAAGACUCCAAGAUUCGAGGACGAUGGUGCCCAAGAAGAAGGGAACGAACUUCCGGGCUCUGCAGCAUUUCCUGCGCCUUCAAUUUCUUUAUCACCGACGGAAACAAGAUGGAGUGACACAAGCACUUUUGCUAGUAGGAAGGUAAGUAGCGGCAGCUUUCUUACAUUGGCCUGUUAAUCGUGUUUAAAGCUUAAGUUGGGCAGCGUAAACGGUGAAAAUGCAUUGUGUAAUUUUAGAAUCUUAAACUUUUGUCUUUCGCUGUCUAUCAUUUUUUCAUGGUCUAGUAUUUGCCCGUGCCAUGAGCUGAAACCGGUCAAUUUUUGGAUUUUUUCUUCAAAAUUCUAAAUUGAGUAUUGUGUCACUAAUAUUUUCUUAAUUUAUGCAAUACGUUCUCUUAAUGGAUCUGACAUUUAUAUCAAUGCACUAUUAUUGCAUUUAAAUUAUUUCAGCAAUGUGCUAUGAGUCAUUAUAUUUUUCUAUGUUACGGUUAUCUAUUAUUUGAAAAUAUACUUUCAGGAUAUAAUCCAUUAGCUUGAUGCAAAAUUAAACCUCAACAAAUUUGACGUGAAUCACUUCAUUUUCAGUUUUAAGUUGGUGCCUGUUGACAAACGCUGAAGCCUUAUAUCUGAGUUGACAAGACAAUGCUUCAUCCAGAUUGUUAAAAAAUGGUUCUAUUUCAUAUUACCAUCUCGUUCAUGUUCUGCAAGACUUCUUAAAAUUUGAUCCUGAGGGAGAAGCUUAGAAAUGGAAGUGAUUAUCUCUUACUUCCAUCAGAAUUCUCAGGGAUAAAAAACGCUCGAAUUGUAUUGUAUAUACUACCCGCGCGCCAGAUAUCACUGUUUAAUUGUCACUAAUGACACUGUUACCCACUUCCAUAAUCACUUAACUAAUUUAUCCAAAUUUUCGCUGCACAUUCUAUGAAGUAUUGACACAUUGCCUGCGAGAACUAGAGUAUACAAUAUCUUAUGUUGAGGAAACACAUACUGAAGAAUACAUAACGUUGAAUCGAAGUUCUGUACACCACUGGUGUAUUUUAUAGAUUAGAUAUGCCAUUUAAAAUAAGAUCAGUCGACCAUAUGCUUGGCUUUCGUCUUCACAUAUUGACCAUCCUUUGAAUGCCUUCUGAUAUCCCCUUCAUUUUAUUUCAACUAGAUAGCCCAUGAGACAGCAGAAAUGUCCAGCAUCGACCAUAUUUUUUCUCCAUGUAGCAUAUUAUUUUUACCAUACAUUGAAUGUAUUUUGAUAAUCCUUUUCUAUUUAUUUCAACCAGAUAAACCACGGGACAACGGAAAUGUUCAGCAUUGACCAUUUUCCGUUAGUCCACUUGGCUUACUUGCAGUUCUUGUCUAUUCACUGAAAGAUCAUACACGAAAGUGUACUUUGUUUUCAUAAACAAUUACUACUGAAAAGUAAUUAGCUCUCCUCUGCGAAGAACCAGCACUGAACUUUCUUGUUGUCUAAAAAAUUGGUCUUCAAAUUUCCAUUGAAACAUGCAGAUCUUCUUGAAGGUUUUGAUAAAUGUUUUCUAGGUGCUAAGUAUUUUUUGGGUAUAGUUUCGUAGUAUGGCGGUACAUCAUUUUCUACAACAUCUUUUUGUUGACAUACAUGCUGUUUAUUGAUAGUAAGACCUACAUGUUGAAGUUGAUUGUUUCAGAAGCUUCAAGGUUGGUGUCAACUGGCAAAUGGAGAUUGGAGUCUGGGAAAGAUACUGUCUUCAUCAGGAGGAGAAUCUCUUAUUAGUCUUCAUGACGACAAAGUAUGCAUAUUUGAGACCUACGAUUUUUUUCUUCUCUUCUGAUUCAUUUUAUUUUCUUUUUAAUCCAUGCCCUCGUACUCUGUUUCAGAUUUUGCGCGUAAAAACUGAAGAUCUGUUACCUGCAAAUCCUGAUAUUCUUGAGGGAGUAGACGAUCUGAUGCAACUGAGCUAUCUGCAUGAACCUUCUGUGCUGUAUAAUCUUAACUAUAGAUACUCUCGAGAUAUGAUAUAUGUAAGCUUUUUUUUAUGAACUGAAAUCUUCGCCUCUUUUUCAGUGCUUUAUUAUUUGUGACAUUUCUCACGUAUGUCAAUGUUUUUCAACUUCUAGACUAAAGCUGGGCCUGUUUUGGUCGCCAUAAAUCCAUUUAAGGAUGUCCAACUGUACGGAAAUGAUUUUAUUGAAGCCUAUCGGCGAAAAUCUCUGGACAGUCCACACGUUUAUGCAAUAGCUGAUACCGCAAUCCGUGAAAUGAUUAGAGGUUUCUUAAAGAUUUGAAAAUUUUCCUUAACUUAAUUCAUCCAUUAUGGUUCUCUGUUUCUGACCUUCACUUUGACUGUCUUUUGCAGAUGAAGUAAAUCAGUCCAUUAUAAUAAGGUUGGUUUGUGACCUACAAUUUCUUUUACUGUUUCUGGGAGAUUUAAUAUUGAGAGAAUUAUAAUACUCCCAUGCGCCAUUGGGCUUUUAAGGUGUUGUACUUGAAAAAAAAAAGAGUGAAGCCCUAAAAGAGGGGAAAACAGUGCAGCUGUCUAGAAACACAAGAGAUAGACAUGAUUUAGAGGAAUUUUAUCAGGGAAUUAGUACGAAAGUUCAAAGGAAUUUAGAAAAUAUAAAAAUCAAGGAUGAACAAAACCAGGAAAUGUCUCAAUUAUGUGCAAGUUCGUACUUGUGAUGAGCUCAUGCAGAGUGGAUGAUGUUCUUUUUCUGUUUUGCUUUUCUUCUUUUCUAUUUUUAGGUUUUCACAAGAAACACCUUGUUUAUUUAUUUACGUGUAUCAACCUGAUUGAUAGACAGUCUCUUGAUGAACAUAAAAUGAUUGUGAUAAACUGCUGUAAUCCUUAACGUAAGCAUGGCUUAAUUUCUAGGGAAAGAGAUACUGGAAUCUAUUACGAUUGGGAUUUGUCAUGAAAGUAUAUUGUAGUAAACACUUGGUUAAUACUAUGCAACCAUUACAGUCAGAGUUUCAGGCAUGAAUUCUUUGUUUGACAUUUCAAUUAGACCAAUUGCAAUGUUAUAUUCGGGAAUGUCGUAUCCUUUGAGAUGCACGUUCUUUUGUCACUACUAGUUGUACUGGGAUACGCUAAGAUUGUUUACAUUACUCAUCCGUGUUAGAUUAUAACUUUGAUGUGUUUCCUCUAGUGGUGAAAGUGGAGCUGGUAAAACUGAAACAGCAAAGAUAGCUAUGCAGUAUUUGGCAUCACUUGGAGGAGGCAGUGGAAUUGAGAAUGAGAUAUUGCAGACUAAUCCAAUACUGGAAGCAUUUGGGAACGCAAAGACAGCAAGGAAUGAUAACUCCAGCCGCUUUGUAAGUGAUAUAAGUAUAAACCUCGUAGAAGAUGUUCAUCUGGCAACUCUUUGGGAAGGAGUUUAUUGAAACAUGAGUCUUUCAGUUUUCAUACGUUUUCGUGUCGUCUUCUGACUUCAGGGAAAACUGAUAGAAAUUCAUUUUAACUCAUCCGGAAAAAUUUCUGGUGCCAAGAUUCAAACCUGUAAGUAUUGCCAUAGUUCAAACCUCCUUGAAGCAUUUGCAUUGUACAUUGUUAUAUCUCCUGUUAACUUUCUACAUUCGUUAUUUGUGUUCUUCUACCAACCCUGAACCUUGAUACUCCAACAGUUUUACUUGAAAAGGUAUGCAUUUAAGAUGCUCUCGGUCGUAUUAUUGUUUUGUGAGUCGCUCAUUUUUAGUUACUUACAGUUCACCUUAUGAACAGUCAAGAGUUAUUCAAUGUGCUGAUGGUGAACGGUCAUAUCAUAUAUUUUAUCAGCUCUGUGCCGGUGCUUCUGCUUCUCUCAAAGGUACUCUUUUUUGUUCUAGUUCCCUCUUCCUCUAAAUUGGAAUUUUUUGUGAACUUUAUUUACUUUUUCUCCACUCUCUUCCUGACUUCCAUCACCAUUGAGUAAUGCUGAUUUUCAUUACGACUCAUUAGCUAAAUAGCAAGACACAUUUUGUACCUCAAAAUCUGCAGUUCUUUAGGCAUUUUGUAUUAUUCAUUUUUUUAGAACUGUAUUUGUUGAAAGCAAGUCCACUUAUCUGAGAUCUGUGUAGGCCACUGUUAGUCUAUUUUUUCUUUAGAUUAAAUUUAUAUAUGAGUAUUAUUCUCAUGCCUUUCAAGUUUUUCAAUUACGUCGAGUAUGUUCUCACUUCAUAAAAUUAUCCCGAGAUGUUUAUUGAAUUACCUGUAAGAAAGAUUAGGGUUUUAAAUCUUACACUAUAUGUAGGCUUUCUGGUGUGCAAGAACUAUCUAGGGCUUUAAUCUGAUCAAUUUGACGGUGUUUUCCAUUUUAUCCGUAUUUUUAAUGUUCGGAUUGGAUGAUAUCUCACGUGCAUUUUUUUAACAUAAGUGGCCUUUUCUUGUAGUUUAUUCAGAUUUUGUGGAAAUCGGUAAUAUCUCUGCCUAAUAUUCACCUUGAAGUGAACUAUGUUAAACUUACAUUUCACGUCGUAACAACUAAAAUGUCUUUUCAUGUUAUGGAUUCAUUAUAGAAUAAUCUCAUUUUUAUUUAUUCUGACAUAAGAUCUCGAUGGAUUCAUUUCGUAGUUUAGUGUCAUGUAUCUCUUUUAACUUGAAAACUGUCUUCUCAUACGUUCAGUAGUUUACCUUCAUCGGUCUUGAUGACAGUCCGUAUCUUCUCAUUUGUUGUUCCAAGUUUGGCCGUACAUUUAAACUUUUGAUUGAGUGAAAGGAGAAUGCCUUGACGGGUUCCUGUUAUCAUGACUUUUUUAUAAGCAUACACGUCGGUAUACGUAUCACAUUGCAAUGCACAUAUGUCUUGUUUCUUUGUGCUCUGCGCUUGUUGAACCUCAUACUAACUAUCGGGAUUUGGAAAGCAGACAAAUUAAACUUGAGAAACGCUGAAGAGUACAAGUAUUUGAAGCAGAGCAAUUGUUUUUCGAUUGCUGGGGUCAAUGAUUCUGAAAGAUUUCACUCUGUCCUGGUACAGAAGAUUUUACCAUACUCACAUUAAGUUUUUAAUCUCAAUGACCUCAGGCAUGGUAACUGAUUUUCUUCUUUCCAGGAAGCUAUGAAUGUUGUCCACAUCAGCAAAGAGGAUCAACAAAAUGUCUUUUCUAUUCUUGCAGCUGUUAUGUGGUUGGGCAACAUUACCUUUACAAUCAUUGAUAAUGAAAAUCAUGUAGAAGUUGUGCACGAUGAAGGUGAUAUAUUUUUGAGCACUGAAAUUAAUGGUUGGAUAUGAUAUUUAAUUAGAUAUAUUGCUCUAGAUUAUGCCCCGCUGUCUACCUACAACUUUGUAGAAUAUGUGAUUCAGACUGGGUUUUCCAGUCAUGUAUUCAAUAAAUAUAUCCAGCCAUAUAAUUACAAAUGUGUGAAAAAUAAUACAUGUUUAUAUUUAUGCCAUAUUUUGUCUCUUAGACUACGGUUGCAGAGAAAUCUAUUUCACACAUAUCUCUGCAUGGCGAUUUAUAUCCUUUGUGAUGAUCAAUAACACUUUUUUUUUUUUUACUUUGUUGGACUAUGCAAUUUGCUCGAAAGUUCAAGAAAGCCUUCCUUAUAUUAUAAACUAAUACUCUAUCACUUUUUUGUGGACUCCAUGGUAUUGGGAAUUGAUACCUUGAAAGGUUAAUUGGGAUCACUGAUUUUAGCUCAGAUCUGUCUUACAGUCUUACCAUGUAUGAAUUUAUCAAAAGUGUUGUCUAGAUAAUUUACAAAGUUAAAUUUGCGUUGACAUUAUGGAUUCUAUAUUUACUGGUCAUUUAUAAAUAACUUUAGUGAUUGACCCGCAUUUGCAAUGCGUGGUAAUAAAAUAAUGUGGCUAAAUAUGAGACAAAAAAGGAGACAUAUUGCUGCGUUGUGGAGCUGGUCAUUUUGGUUUAGGUUGUGCAUUUGUUGUGUAGCAAAAUCCUUCACCAAGUUUCUGAUUAUAAUCUCUGGAAGAAGUCUGAGCCCUAAUUUGGAAGAAAGAAGAAUCACUUGAUCUCAUAUGGAGCAGUCGACUUUUAGCUAUCACCACUGUCUACCAAUUAUUUCCAACCUACUGCCGUCAUUGUCAUUUUUCCCUAUUAUAUAAUUAAAACUUCUCUUUCCAUUCUUUCUUUUGUUUUUUUAAAAGAAUUGACCUCCAUUGGAUUUUGACUAAUUAUUUUCCGACUCGCAGCCGGAUUAGACAUUUCCUUAUCCGGUAUCUAAAGAUAAUUCUGCUAACCUUAUUGGAAAAUCACGAGCUCCAUCUGUUUCAUCAGUCGAAUUAUCAUUAUCUUUCCAGACUUUAAGCUAUCCCCAAUUUCUCACAUGGAGGUUUUCCUUGGGCCUUCUUGGGAGGGUUGCUAGUGUUCCUCAUUUCUUUUCUCCUAGAGUCGUCACAUAUGCUCCUUUUUUUUUUAGGGGGGGCAUAGGAAGAGGCACAUUGACAUUUCCAAACAUAUUACUUUUCAAUUCAUCCUUCGUUUUUCAACUGUCACUUGUACAUUUCUUCAGUCUUUAUAUCCAAUGCAGUCUUGCUUAGCAUUUUGAAUUUUUUUUUCGUUUGCAGCUGCGAAUACUGUUGCUCAGCUUGUUGGAUGUGACAUAGAUGAGCUAAAGUUAGCUUUGUCCACCCGCAAGAUGAGAGUUGGCAAUGACAUUAUUAUUCAGAAACUUACUGUGUCACAGGUUAUUAUUCAAUUUCUAAUAAAUUUCGUAUUAAUAAUUUUAUCUUGUAUUAUGAAAAUUAUAUAAUUAUUUCUUCUGUAGGCGAUUGACACAAGAGAUGCGCUGGCCAAGUCGCUGUAUUCCGGCCUUUUUGAUUGGCUCGUGGAGCAGAUUAAUAAGUCGCUGAAAGUUGGAAAGCAGGGCACAGGCCGAUCGAUCAGCAUUCUUGAUAUCUAUGGCUUUGAAUCCUUUGAUGUAUGCUUCACGUGUUUGUGUUGGAUCAACCUUGCUCUUAUGAAUUUUCCCAUACAUUAAAUAAACUAUUUUUUGCAGAGGAACAGUUUUGAACAGUUCUGCAUUAAUUAUGCCAAUGAAAGACUGCAGCAACAUUUCAAUCGGCAUCUAUUCAAAUUAGAACAAGAGGUAGUUCUCAAUUUCUUGAUCCUCAACUAGUAACGAAUAAUUGCAGACCUAUUUGACUUCUUAACAUACAUUACUACAUUUUUUGGUUUAAUAUGAUUUUUUUAUGCAAUAUUUCGGAGAAAGUCUGUAAACUUUGGCUCAUUUGGUCUUAAUUUCUUCCUGAUUUUGAGUAUCAAUGAUAAUGAAACCAAAGCUGAUUCUUACCUCUCAGGUUUAGUUAAUCUGUGCGCAUGUAAAGGUACUUAUCAUUAAUUAUACUUACCAUUCAAUUGUUCAGAGUGAUCUAUCCUAAUUAGGGUGUGGCAUUCUAAAUUCAUCUUCUAUGCGUUAAUAUAUAUGUUAUAUGUUUGGGGCAGUGAUGCUUCUCAUUCUUCCUAGAAAACCAGCGUAUAAUUUAUUUUUAAAUAUUUUUUUGGUUGAAAAUGCGUUUUCUUAGGUGGAUGUCCAUAAACUCCUUUGCACUCAAUCUACGAAUGAAAAUCCAAUUAUAUAUGUAAAUGCCACGAAAUAUUUUUUGGCUUCAUUUAGAUCGAAAACUAUUCAAUUGUUCCAUGAGAAAGUAGUCGCAGUCUGUAAAGAAUAUGUGUGAUGAAUUCAUCAUUUGUUCAUUACGUUUGUAUUCGCCAAGAAAAAAACUAUAAUAAGACAUUGUUUGAUACUGAGUUGUUUAACUCUGUGUCUGGCCUCCAUAAAAAUGUUGAAUUCUACGUUUUUCAGGAAUAUGUUCAAGAUGGCAUAGACUGGGCAAAAGUUGACUUCGAGGACAAUCAAGACUGCCUCAAUCUUUUUGAGAAGGUGGGAAUUCUUUCAAUGUUUCUUCUCCUAUUUUAGAUGAGUAACCAUAUUUCUGACAAUGUAUCAAAGAUUAGAUGUUAAAUCAGACUUGAAGAUUGACGUUUAGAAAGAGAAUAUGUUGUUGCUUGGACCCCCGUCUCGAUGAUGCUACUGAUUCUGCCAAUAGUUUUUUACAUUAUAUAUCUAAUUAAAAUACCAAAUGUCAAACAAAUAAUCUACUUUGAUAGAUAGUUAUGGGAAAUUAAUUUACAACUUGUCCAUACUGGUGGAAAGCAUAAGCAUUGUAACGAGAAGGAUAUGCUGCCUUUUGGUGGUUUGCAUCAAAACAGUUUACUUGGAUUGGUGGUUUUUCUGGCGAAUGUUUUUGAUGAAUUAUGAUUUUUCUGGUUAAUUAUCUAGUGAACUGCGAUUUUUCUUGACGAUUCUGACUCAACUGUUGAUUAACUGAAAUCUCUAGCUUAGUGUCCAUGCGAUAUAUAUGAAGUGCUCGACCAUAUGGUCUGCAUGAUUCAUCAGUUGUGUAUUUUGGUUCCCAUUCGUGAUUUUUAUGAAUUACUGGCUGAUAUACCUUUUCUUAAUGAUGGAUAACGCUGACAAAUAAUUAUUUUCUUUAUUUAUUUUAAAAUUAUGAUAAUUUAUGUUUUAAAAGUCAUUCCGAUACUUCAGUUGAUCUCAUCAGUUUUUUUAAGCACUUGAAUUUUUUUCUUAGCUUCCAUGAAAAGGUAGUGCUGAUGGAUUGUGACGGUAAAGAGAAAAUUAUUUGAAGCUUUGUUGAUGAUUUUUUGUUGUUGUUGGUGGUAGACUUUGGUGUUUUUCUUACCCUUAUGCGUGCUAAUCAGAAAACGCUUUCUUAUUGUUAUGAUAUUCUUUCGCAGAAACCAUUAGGGUUAUUGUCACUCUUGGAUGAGGAGUCCACCUUUCCAAAUGGUACAGAUUUAACACUUGCAAACAAGCUUAAGCAGCACCUGCAUUCCAAUUCUCGCUUUACAGGAGGAAGGGGCAAAUCUUUCGGUGUCAUUCAUUAUGCAGGAGAGGUUGCUAGCCACAAAAUCCGAUUUUCUCUACUUUAUUUUUCAUGAUGGUUUCAUUUGUUUCAUGGUCCAUCCCUUCUGCACAGGUGGUAUAUGAUGCAUCUGGGUUUUUGGAGAAAAAUAGAGACCCGCUACACUUGGAUUCUAUUCAGCUCCUUGCUUCUUCCAAAUGCCAGCUUCCACAGAUAUUUGCAUCAAAAAUGCUUAUCCUUUCUGAUAUGCCUCUGGCUCUUCCAUAUAGAUCUAACGGGGCAGAUUCCCAGAAGUCGAGUGUUGCAACAAAAUUUAAGGUAUUGUACUUGUCAAGAUUAACUACCUUAUGUCAUUCAUUAAAUUCUUUUUUCUAUUGAAGAAAAUGUUCGUAUCCUUUACAGAAUAUGCUAAAUGUAACUUGUGAUUAAGUUCUUGUGCCAUCGUUUAGUUAGAAAGUGAAGCAUCCGCUCAGAUAAUAAUGAUGGUGUAUCUUAACCAACACCUCAUUCUUGAUCAGGUCAUCGUGAUUAUAAACAGGACAGGAUAAUCUCUUAGAAAAUAUUGGGGUGCUCAAGGAAGAUUUUUUACAGUUUCUUUUUCCCAUUUGAAUUACUAGCAGCAUCAUGUGACAUUAUGCCUUUUUAAAGUUUAUAUUUAUCUACUUAAGUGGUUUGUCUGAAAGUUGUUGCUGCAACGUAUAAAAUGAAUUUUUGUGAUAAAAUCAUGACAUUUUAGUUUACUUUAGCUAGGUUAUCUUCGUGUUAUUCAGUGUACAAUGAUCACCAUUAACCUGAUGCAUGUGCAUUGGCUUCUUUUACUUUAACUGUUCAGGGACAACUUUUCCAACUGAUGCAGAGGUUGGAGAACACAACACCUCAUUUUAUACGUUGCAUUAAGCCAAAUAAAUUUCAACUACCUGGAGUCUAUGAACAAAAGCUUAUUCUGCAGCAGCUCCGAUGUUGUGGUGUUCUCGAAGUAGUUCGCAUUUCAAGGUCUGGUUUUCCAACAAAGAUGUCUCACCAGAAGUUCGCUAGAAGGUACGCUAUCAUGAUUCAGUUCUCGCCCACUUUCUGGUUUCUAAUCAUGUUGGGUCUUGACAUUAUUUUCCUCUCCUGAAUAUCACAUCAGAUAUGGGUUCCUUCUCCUUGAGAGUGUCGCAUCACAAGAUCCACUCAGUGUUUCAGUUGCAAUUCUUCAUCAAUUUAAUAUUCUUCCUGAGAUGUAUCAAGUAGGCUACACAAAAUUGUUUUUCCGCACUGGACAGGUAAGGUCAUAGUAUAAUUAAGAAAAUCAUGCUUUUCUUAAUUAGAUUGCAUUUGCACCAGGGAUCAACAUGAAAAUUUUCCUUUGAUGAUGAAAAUAUCAGAUUCUGAAUGUUCUGCAACAUCAUCCUGUUUCCUUAUGGACUCUAUCCUCUUUGAUGAACGAAUUGUGUUAGGAAAAUUAAGCUGCCAUGUAUAAAAAAACGAGAUAUAUUUUUUUAUUUUUUAUUUUAUACCUCUGAUCAUUACAUACUAUCUAGGUUGGAAAUUAUGACCAGAUUCUGUCUACGAGGUAUCCCUAACAAUCUUAUUCUCAUUUCUAUUAUGGGAUUGUAUAGAUUGGCGUGCUUGAGGAUACAAGAAAUCGGACACUUCAUGGCAUUCUGAGGGUCCAGAGCUGUUUCAGGGGGCACCAAGCUCGUUCUUAUGUUAAGAACUAUAGGAAGGGAAUUACUACAUUGCAGUCAUGUAUUUUUCUUAUUACCCCUCAUUACUUAUUUACUGGGACCUAUAAUAUUUAUAAAUUCAUAAUUUUUUUGAAACAUCUUUCCAGUCAUCCGGGGUAAAAAGAUGAGGCAAAUAUAUUCAGUGUUGGUAGAAAGACAUAGGGCUGCCAUUGUUAUACAGAGACAAUUCAAAUCCAGAGCUGCUAGGAGAAAUUUUGUUGAUAUCUGUAAGGCAUCUGUGGUUAUACAAUCAGGUGAUUCUCUAAACAUAUGCUCUGGCUCUGUGAAGGUUAUGUGGACAAUAUUAGAAUUAUCAAUUGCUAUAAUAUCUACGAAUUUUUUCUUCCUUUAUCAGUGAUACGAGGCUGGGUUGUCAGAAGGUGUUCAGGGGAUAUUAGUCUGCUAUAUGGAGCUAGUAGGUUCGACGGGGCAAAGGUAAUUUUAACUUCGUUUUAAGGUUUCCCUACUCCAUCUUCCAAUCUAACCACAGCACUUCAGAUUUACACAAGCCACGACCAAUUUUGCCCCUCUGUCAUGCUCUCCCUCUAAAGGUAGAUUUCUCAUGAGAGCACUGGGCCAGCUUAAGGUGAUGAUUCCCCCAGCAUUAUCAGCAUAAAAUCUCCGGUCCAUACGACAUAGCUCUUCGUAUGCUCUCCUUAAUGACGCUCUUAAUACAUAUGACCAUAGGGUCGGUUUGAUAGCUGGUUAUGAUUAACUGGGUUAACUUCGCCUCGGUUCCUGAUUCUAGCUUACCCGGCAUUCAGUUUGAUAAAACUCUCUCUCUCUCUCUCUCUCUCUCUCUGUUUCUGUCACAAGUCAAAAUAGCUUUAGUUUUCAGUUCGAUAGCAGGGGGGAUAAGUUAACCGGGUUGGGUUCCACUAUUCGACCCUCUUGGUCGAAUCAGUUGAGCUAAUUUAUCCGAGUUUAUCCCUGAUGAGCCUCAUGUGACUUGCGCCUGAGGAUGGCUGGGUUAUCUCGGAUAAACUCGGAUAACCCAUCCUGUUAUAUAUAUGGGCUUUCACACGACUCUCUACCUCCAGAGUUCAGAUUUAGUACUGUAGGGUGAAGCUUACACUGGGGAACCGGUGUCGGUCCGUGAUUUUAACCGAGGAUAAUUGCAAUGAUAUCGUUUCAUUCUCUCUUUCUUGUCCCAGUUUUCAGCGUCUAAUGCAUGGUUCUCAGAAACGCGCUGCUUUCCUCGCAUGAUGGAUGACUCUAAACCACGCUUGAAUGCAGGGAGCUGAGGUGCUCGUGAAGGCCUCCGUCCUCGCCGACCUGCAGAGGCGAGUUCUGAAAGCUGAGGCCGGGCUCAGGGAGAAAGAGGAGGAGAACGACCUUCUUCAUCAGAGGGUCGAGCAGUAUGAGACUCGGUGGUCCGAGUACGAGCAGAAGAUGAGAUCCAUGGAGGAGGUCUGGCAGAGACAGAUGAGGUCCCUCCAGUCCAGCCUCUCCAUGGCCAAGAAGAGCCUGGCCAAUGACACCACCGACGGGUCUCUGGACGCCAGCCACCUCACACGAUUGGGUACUCCUGAGAACAGCGGGCUCCGACCAGGCCUGCGGAUCCCCGACAGAGGACUGAGCCACCUAGGGGAGGAGUUCGAGCGGCGAAAGCACGAGUUCGACGACGGAGCAAGGUCGGUUCAGCUGAAGUCGAGCACAAGCUCCGAUCUCGAGCUGAGGCGGCUCAAGCAGGCGUUCAAUUCGUGGAAGAAGGAUUUUGGGUCGAGGCUACGGCAGACCAAGGCGGACUUGCACAAGCCCGGGAGCGGGGAGACCAACGUGGAUAGGUCUGUGAAGAAAUGGUGGGGAAGGCUGAACAGUAAGAGGACGAUGUGA